CUUCACACGACGUUUGCACACUUCCGACACAGUCAUCACCGCACCAUGGGCACUACAACAGGCACCUCAGGCAACGGGACGGGCAGCAGCAACGGUGCCACUCCGAAGAGCACGCCGGCGAAGGGCUCGAACUUGGUCGGGCAGGCGGGUAAGGACUCGGGAACGAACGCGUCCACGCCGUCGACAAUCCUGAAGACGAGGCGAUCGUUCGCUGCUCAAGGUCUGACACCAAUAGUGAAGAGAACAUGGGGAGGCGAAACAGCAGUAACCAUCGCAAUCAAACCCGUCAUCUCAACCGAAGCAUCCCCGGAAGCUCCACCAACAAGCACCACAUCGUCCAAAAAGGGCACUUCAACAACAAAAGCCCGCACACCCUCAGCGGAGCCGCCUCCCACCACCGCACCGAAACUAAAAUCUAGCGUAAAGAGAAAGUCACCAUCAGUGGAUACUUUCCCAUCUGAGAAAAAGGCGGAAACGGCAACAGAUGGGCCACCACAUCAUCGAAAGAAAUUGAAAACACGAGCCGCGCAGACUCCCUCGCCUAACAGCGAGGAAGAGAACAUCGAUAGCAGUAAUGACUCUGUAUCUCAUUCCGAAGCCCCUCCGAAGAGGAGAGCAAAGCCUGCCAAUUCUGCAAUAGCGGCGAAAGCGAGUCGGUCUAAUGGGAGUAAACAGAGCAAUGGUGAUGUAGUGCCGGCGCAGGCAGAGAAAACGACACCAGGGCCCCGACGAAACGCCAAGCGAGGAGCUAGCACGUCCCUGCCAUCUGAGAAUGAAAAUAAUAGCGAUGCGGACAACACGAGGAAGGCACCAGAGCAGACAUCGUCAUCAGCGGCAUUGGUCCCGCCAAACAAACGAGCAACGAAGAAGAUAUCAAGCGGGGAGUCGAGGGAUAAAGAAGCGGACGAAGGCAACGGCGAUAAAGCGCCGUCGACCACGAAAAAGGGGCAAAGUAGGAAGGGGGCGAACGCCAAAGCGAAGGAGGCGGCGGUGCAGGAAGAGGUGGUGGAUGAGGAAGAGGGGGGGCAAGAUGAGGAAAAGAAAGGGAUUUUGGAUGAUGAUUUUAGGCACGAUAACGGCGACGCGGAAAGGCAGGAUGCUCCGGUGGCGGAACUGGCGCCGGCUGCCUAUCCUUCGCAGUUGGAGGUGAUACCACCGCCAACCCGCAAACUACCUCUAAACCAAGCCCUACAAAUGCUCUCGAGGGAGUCGCUGGAACGACUCCUCCACUACUCCGUUUUGGAAGCCACCCGGAUCGAGCUUGCUGAUAUUGCGGACGAGCUGGAAGCGUCGGGCGCGUUGAGUUUGCUACCUCAGGAGUGAAGCGGGAGAGGCGAGAUCACGCAGCGAGUUUUGGCCGAUGGGGGCUCCCGGUUCUAAAUCGCGUGAUCAAUGGAUGACCUUUCAAUUAUUUUGAGCGUAGUUUGAGCCGCAAGGAAAUCAGUCCGGGCAUGUGGCGAAAUAGGCGGCGUAUUCCGUGCAUGUUUUCAAUAUGCCAAAGUGUGAAAUAGGAGGUCCACG